AUGAAAGAUAUCCCUUCGGAAUUAAAAGAUAGCCUUGCGAAUUUAGAUCAGUCUUUAUCGCAACUGGGGGAGAAUUUCAGUCCUCUUUUAUCUACUGUACAAUCUGAACUACAAUCCAAGCUAAAUCCCCUGGAACAAGCAAAAGUCGACUUAGUUGCUGUUUAUGCCAUCAACUCUUUAUUCUGGGCUUAUUUAAACACUUGUGGAUUGAAUCCAAAAGGGAAAGGAGUAAAGACAGAAUUGGAUCGAAUCCGUACGUACAUGAACCGAGUGAAGGAGAUUGAAGACAAAAAGAAAGCCCCUAGAAUUAAUGCUGAUGCAGCUUUGCGUUUUGUACGUAACUCACUUUGGGAUGCAGCUCACAAAAAAAGUACAGCAUUGCAACCACAAUCUCCAGCAGGUUCUGCUGAUGGUAAAUCCAAAACAGAAGCACAGAAAGAAGAAGCAGCAGAACAAGAAGAUGAGAAUAUUCCCUCUGCCAGUAAAAUGCAGAAAAUGUCCAAUAUGAAGAAGGGCAAAAAGAAACAAAAGAAACACUUCAAACCAAAAGGCAAAAUGUCAAAGAAAAGCUGA